AUGAGCACUCGUGACGGGGAGCUCCCCUCUACCGGACAUCCAGCAUCAUGGGUAGAGAUACCAACCGCUCUUCUCCGAGCAGAGCUCCUGCGGCGAGAAGACAGCCCCGAUAGACAAACAUGCGGUUCAAAGGACGGCAAAGCGUCAUACAAUACCCCCUUACACUUCGCAGCACUCGUUAUAAUUCUUGUUCUCAGUACAUUUGCAUGUUCCUUCCCCAUCAUUGUCCGCCGCUUCCCACGCCUCCCAGUCCCCCACCACCUUCUCUUCCUCUCGCGACACUUCGGGACAGGUGUCCUCAUAGCUACGGCCUUUGUGCACCUCCUCCCGACAGCCUUCGUGUCGCUAACCGACCCAUGUCUCCCACCAUUCUGGAACCAGGGCUACCCAGCCAUGGCCGGCCUCAUCGCUAUGACCUCGGUCCUGAUCGUCGUCGGAGUAGAGAUGUUCUUCGCCACGAAAGGCGGCGGUCACGUCCACGGCAGCGACUUUGACACUCCUUUAGAAGAAGGCACACACAACCACGGCCCACAGCCCAUCGCACUAGGCGAAAUCUCCAUACCAGCCGCCAACUACAGCGACGAAAUCACGCCCGCCGCACCUACCCAGCAUCCGCGCAACAAAUCCAAGACCCGCACCGACUCCGACUCCGACUCCUCAUCCGACCUCGACCUGUCCGACGCCGAGCUCGAGACCCAGCGCGCCUCACGAGCUCUCAUGAACGACCACCUGCGCGGCCAACUCAGCAACCACGGCUCCGGCUCGCUCACGCCCUCGAGCCCGCGCUCCCCCCUCCCCGCGGCGCACACCCACAUGCUCACCGACGACGAGAAGCAGAAGAAGCUCCUGCUGCAAUGCCUCCUCCUCGAAGCCGGCAUCCUCUUCCACAGCAUCUUCAUCGGGAUGGCGCUCUCCGUCGCGACGGGGACGCCCUUCAUCGUGCUGCUGAUCGCCAUCUCCUUCCACCAGACCUUCGAAGGGCUGGCGCUCGGCAGCCGCAUCUCGGCCCUCUCGUUCCCGGCCAACUCGCCCAAGCCGUGGCUCAUGGCCCUCGCGUACGGCACCACCACGCCCAUUGGCCAGGCGUUGGGAUUGGCGAUCCAUACGCUGUAUGACCCCCAGAGCCAGACGGGGCUGCUGACGGUCGGGGUCAUGAAUGCGGUUAGUAGCGGGUUGUUGCUGUUUGCGGGACUGGUGGAACUGCUGGCGGAGGACUUUUUGAGCGAUGAGAGUUAUGUGAAACUGAGAGGGCGGAAGAGGAUGGAGGCAUGUGGGGCGGUGGUUGGGGGCGCGGCGUUGAUGGCGCUUGUGGGGGCCUGGGCGUAG